GCCUUGACAUCAAGAGGCGGCUCCGGUACCCCCCUUUCUCUGCCCCACCCCCGCCCGCCCCCGAGAUGCGGCCAUGGACCCUGCGGACCGGGCCUGCCGAGCCCAGCACCUGAUUUCGGUGAGAUGACCAAUCUGGCUGCCAGAGUGAACAAGCCAGCCUGGUGAGAGAUAGAGACUGCCUGCCAGGGCUUCACUCUCUUGUUCCCAGGCCCUGACACCCAAGGCCAUGGACCAGCCAGCAGGAGGCCCUGGAAACCUGAGGCCAGCAGCUGUUGACAGCGCCAGCAUGGAGCUCAGCACCUGCCAGGAGCUUCUGCACCGACUUCGGGAGCUGGAGGCAGAGAACUCAGCGCUUGCCCAGGCCAAUGAGAACCAGCGGGAGACUUAUGAACGUUGCCUGGAUGAGGUUGCCAACCACGUGGUGCAGGCACUGCUGAACCAGAAGGACCUGCGGGAGGAGUGCAUCAAGCUGAAGAAGAUGGUGUUCGACCUGGAGCGGCAGAACCAGAUGCUGAGUGCUCUGUUGCAGCAGAAGCUGCAGCUCACGGCCAGCUCCCUCCCUCAGAUCCCGCUCACGCCGCUGCAGCCACCGUCAGAACCAGCAGCCUCGCCAUCCCCAAGCGCUGCUGAGGGACCUGUCCCGCCCUUAGGACACUGUGCUGGGCAAAGAGAGGUGUGCUGGGAGCAGCAGUUGCGGCCAGGAGGCCCAGGUCCCCCGGCCACUCCAUCCCCAGCGCUGGACGCCCUGUCCCCAUUUCUUCGGAAGAAAGCGCAGAUUUUAGAGGUGCUGCGAGCCUUGGAAGAGACUGACCCUUUGCUUUUGUGCUCACCUGCCACCCCAUGGCGGCCCACAGGCCAGGGCCCCAGCUCCCCAGAGCCCAUCAACGGCGAGCUCUGUGGCCCACCGCAGCCUGAACCCUCGCCCUGGGCACCGUACCUGCUGCUUGGUCCUGGGGGCCUAGGAGCCCUGCUGCACUGGGGGCGUCUCUUAGGGGGCUCUGGGGAAGAAGAAGGUAUCAGGCAGCCCUGGGCCCCCAGCAGCACCCCCCCUCCAGCCCAGGGCCCCAGCUCCUCCUCUUCCUCCGACGAAGCAGGUGACCCCGAUGAGGCCCCUAGCCCCGACACCCUGCUAGGGGCGCUGGCCCGCAAGCAGUUAAACCUGGGCCAACUCCUCGAGGACACAGAGACUUACCUCCAGGCUUUCCUGGCUGGGGCGACGGGCCCCCUCAGUGGCGACCACCCAGGUGCUGGGAAGCCAUCCUCACCAGAUCCAGGACCCCCACAGGUGUCCAAGUCCAAAGGCCUCCCAAAGUCAGCUUGGGGUGGGAGCACCCCCGAGGCCACCAGGCUGGGCUUUGGUGCUACCUCAGAGGGCCAGGGGCCCCUUCCAUUCCUCAGCAUGUUCGUGGGUGCAGGGGACGCCCCUCUGGGCUCACGGCCGGGCCACCCCCACUCUUCAUCUCAGGUGAAAAGCAAGCUCCAAAUCGUGCCCGCUUCUCCAGGGGAAGCCCAGGGACCUCUUCUGCCCUCUCCAGCCAGAGGUCUCAAGUUUCUCAAGCUGCCUCCACCCUCAGAGAAGGUCCCCAGCCCAGGAGGCCCCCAACUCAGUCCCCAGCUCCCUCGGAGUUCUCGAAUCCCUUGUCGCAACAGUGGUUCAGAUGGCAGCCCCUCCCCGCUGCUGGCCCGCAGGGGCCUGGGUGGUGGAGAGCUGUCUCCAGAGGGGCCCCAGGGCCUGCCCAGCAGCCCUUCCCCCUGCUCGGCCAUCCCAGACUCUGUGCAGCUCAGACCCUCCCAGUCAGCCGUGUCCACUUCACUGUCUCCAGGACCUGUGGUGUCUCCCUGCCUUGAGAAAAUCCUGGAUCUUUCCCGGGGCACCUUCAGGGGUUCUUCCCCAGAGCCACCUCCAUCCCCACUGCAGGUGCCCACCUACUCCCAGCUGACUCUGGAGGUACCCCAGCCCCCUGAGGUCCUCAGGAGCCCUGGCGCCCCUAGCCCUGGCCUCCCAGAAUCCUGCCCCUAUGGGAGCCCCCAGGAGAAGGGUCUGGACAAGGCAGGCCCCGAGUCUCCCCAUCCUGGCCGCAGGACCCCAGGCGGCUCAUCCAAGAAGCCUGGCCAGGGAUCGGGGCGGCGGCCUGGUGACCCUGGCCACACACCUCUAAGGGACAGAUUGGCAGCCCUUGGAAAACUGAAGACGGGCCCCGAGGGGCUUCCGGGUCCAGAAAGGAACGGAAUGCCAGCCCGGCCAAGCGCUGAGAAGGCCAGGGCACUAGGGCGGUCAGGCGAGAGUGCUGGAGACAUGCCUCCUACCACGAGGCCUCUUGAGCAGCCAGAAGCUAAGGGCAUCUUGCGGGGAGCGGUGGCCUUAGGCACGAGCAGCCUGAAGCAACAGGACCCUGGACUUCCAGACCCUGGUGCCAGAGUCUACUCUUCCCAUUCCAUGGGUGCUCGUGUGGACCUGGAGCCCGCCUCACCAAGGAGCUGCCUCACCAAAGUAGAGCUGGCCAAGAGCCGGCUAGCGGGGGCGCUGUGUCCCCAGAUGCCCCGCACGCCUGCAAAAGUGCCAACCUCAGCCCCUAGCCUGGGCAAGCCCAAGAGCCCUCACAGCAGCCCGACAAAGCUACCCUCCAAGUCACCCACUAAGGUGGUGCCCCGCCCCGUGGUACCCGUGGGCACCAAGGAGCCCUCCAAGGCAGACAAAGGGAAGGGCCCACCCUGGGCAGACUGUGGCAGCACAGCUGGCCAGCCUACGUCCCCAGUCCCCGGCUCCACCGAUCCCAGCCAGGGCCCGGAAGGGCCAGCGCCACACUCGGCCAUCGAGGAGAAGGUGAUGAAGGGCAUCGAGGAGAACGUGUUGCGCCUUCAAGGUCAGGAACGGGCUCCCAGCUCCGAGGCCAAGCACCGCAACACCAGCAGCAUCGCCAGCUGGUUUGGCCUUAAAAAGAGCAAGCUGCCAGCUUUGAACCGCCGCACAGAGGCUGCCAAGAACAAGGACGGAGCUGGUGGAGGCUCCCCGCUCCGGAAGGAAGUCAAGACAGAAGCCCGGAAGCUGGAGGCUGAGAGCCUCAACAUCUCCAAGCUGAUGGCGAAGGCGGAGGACCUGCGCCGGGCACUGGAGGAAGAGAAGGCCUACCUGAGCAGCAGAGCCCGCCCACGGCCUGCCGCCCCAGCCACAGUGCCCAGCCCAGGGCUGGGGCAGAUGCAGGGUCAGCUGGCCGGCAUGUAUCAGGGUGCAGACACCUUCAUGCAACAGCUGUUGAACAGGGUGGAUGGCAAGGAGCUGGCCCCCAAGAGCUGGCGGGAGCCCAGGCCUGAGUAUGGGGAUUUUCAGCCAGUGUCCGCUGACCCCAAGAGCCCCUGGCCUGCCUGUGGGCCCCGGAAUGGUUUGGUAGGCCCCCUUCAGGGCUGCGGAAAACCGUCUGGAAAGCCCAGCAGUGAGCCAGGCAGGCGGGAAGAGAUGCCUUCAGAGGACAGCCUGGCCGAGCCAGUCUCCACGGCACACUUCACAGCCUGUGGCUCCUUGACUCGAACCUUGGACAGCGGCAUCGGGACCUUCCCGCCCCCAGACCACUGCAGCAGUGGAACCCCUAGCAAGAAUCUCCCCAAGACCAAGUCUCUGCGUCUGGAGCCCCCGCCAGGGGCACCCCCAGCUCGGCCUGCAGCCCUCACCAAAGUCCCUCGCCGUGCCCACACACUGGAGCGGGAGGUGCCAGGCAUAGAGGAACUGCUGGUGAGCGGACGGCACCCCAGCAUGCCAGCCUUCCCCGGAUUGCUCACUGCUCCACCAGGCCACCGAAGCCAUCAGACCUGCCCUGAUGACCCCUGUGAAGACCCAGGCCCUCCCCCACCCGUCCAGCUGGCCAAGAACUGGACCUUCCCGAACACCAGAGCAGCCUGCAACUCUGGUGACACCUUCCUGUGCCCACCCCGACAACUGCAGGGACUCCCUAGGACCCCCGUGGCCCUGCCUGUGGACCGGAAGCAGAGCCUGGACCCCGGCCGCACACCCGUGCCUCAGGGCCCAGCAUUUGGGGGGAGUCGCACCCCCAGCACGUCGGACAUGGGCGAGGAAGGCAGAGUGGCCAGCGGGGGUGCCCCCGGCCUGGAGACCUCGGAGUCCCUAAGCGACUCACUCUACGACUCGCUGUCCUCCUGUGGGAGUCAGGGCUGAGGCGAUGCAGCCACACGGUUCCUCUGGAGCUGGGGUCCCCAGACUAGUGAGGCUUGAUCUGAAGGGACCCAGGAGAAGGUUGAUAAGAAGGUGCGGGGUCCUGGGCACACCCCACCGCUGCUGUGGAUGCAUCAACCAUGCUCAGCUCAGGGAGAGACCCCACCCCUGGUUCCUGGACUCACCCCGAGGAGGCUCUUCUCCAAGGGACCGGGGGCUCCAGGCUGCUUUGCUCCCACUUCAGGCUGAGCCAUCUUGUGGUGCUGGGCUUUCUGCCCACCAGCUGUGCCACCUCUGCCCAACCUGGCCGCAACCCUGCCCCGAAGCCCCCAUGGGGCCGACUUUGGAAGGCCCAGGCUUGUGGAGUUUGGGGGCGAGGGGGACAAGUUGCCUUCUCUCUGCCUUGGUCCUCCCUGCUGUCUGAAUGGUGCUGCCUCCCUUCCCCGAGACUUGGGGUCUGUUUGUCUGUCUUCAUCUUUGUUUUUAUAUAUAUAUAUAAGCGCCUGGCCCAGUCCCCACGCCCGACCCGCACUGCGGUUAAUUUAUCUGUUGUUGAAAAGCGGCUGCUCUGCUUCUGCAGUAUCCCCAAUAAAACAUGGAGGCCUCUCCCCACCAUGACUGUUGUGUGGCAGCAGCUCCGUUCUGGCUCCGUUGCUGGCUUCUGUAUAACUUCCCCAGGGCCGGUAAGUAGGCCAGGGAACCCCAAGUUCUCUUAAGAGGCCGUGUGCUCUCCCUUCCCCCAGGGUUGCUGGCUAGAGUCCCCUAGGAGGUGGCUUGGGGGUUCGUGAAAGGCCCCUGCUUAGCUGAGGUUGGGUGAAUGUUCCUGUGCAGGGUCAGGUGGGGCACAGGCUGGGCAGCCGUGGAGAGAAAGCUGGGAAGAGGACAGUGAUCGCACACUCACACCCUCAGAGUGCCAGGCGGGCAAUAGGCCGGCUCAGAGCAGCCUGGCUGGCUUUGCACGAAGACACAACAGCCAGCGACUAUCCAGACAGAAAGGGGAGGAGCCGACAGCAGUGUUCCCACGCCCACACAGCAAGCUGCUGUCCCAUAAACCAGCCCCACACAUCCUGGGAGCAGACUAGAAGCCAAGGCUCUCCGUCACCAAAGCCUGCAAUCCCAAACCGGAUCACGGCACACCUCAGGCUUCCUCGCCUGUGUGUGAGGUGGCCUGAGCCAGGUGGGGCCAACCAGUUACUUUCUGCUCCACCUCACAUCUGGUUGAUGCCAUCGCUCAAAGCAGGGUCGGAUGCAGUCUUGUCUGAGUUCAACCUCAUGUCCUGCCUCAUCCUAGGACAGGAAGUCUGGGUCCUCCUGGCUUGUUUCUUGGCCUGUUACUGGCUUAAGCCUGGUGUAUUACAUCAUUUCCUGUCAGAGCUGCAUUAGCCUUCAGGAUCCCACUCUUUUCUGAAAAGGAGUUUGGCUUGGUGGGCUUGAGUCUCAAAGUCUUCCCUUCAAAGCUCAGGCCAAAGGGUCCGUCCAUAUUCCCACAGGUCUGGUCAGUAGGCCCCUGGGCACUGCCCUCAGGAAUUUGGAAAUGCCAGGUGCCACCCUGGUACCUGGGUCAGUACGAGUUGACUGGAGAAACAUCUCGGAGCAGGAGAGCUGUGUGGGCGGCACGGUGCCCAGGGGCAGCCCUACUUGCAUGGUUGUGCCCACUCCUCUGCAGACUUCUGGUCCCAUACAGUCAGCUGUAGCCCACGUGACUGUGCUCACCCACAACUGAGUCAAUUUGGGGGACCCAGUCCCAGCAGAAACAGUUUGAGGGAGAGAACACGUGGGUGAGUUUGAGGCUUCAGGGAACCCAGUUUCUCGGUCUGGGCGGGGCAAGAGCUUGGUCGUCUGCAGCAGCUGCUUCUGAACUGGUGACCUCACUCUUCUCCGGAGAACAAUGGGUGAGUGUUGGUCUUCCCAUGGCGCAAGACCUCAGCUGCGCUUCCCAAGCGGGAAGCUCAGGCUGGAGCACUGCCCGCCCCAGAAAGGCAACAGCCCGCCAGGGCACAGGCUCCACACGCCGGCACCUCUCCUUAGCAGGAAGUCCCCCGAAAAGUUAACUGAGCUUUCCCCAGGGCUGCUAGUGGUUUUAUUUUCUUUACUUUUUUUUUCUAGUUUUUUUUUCCCCCUGCAAAUAGUAUGUUUUGUUUCCUUUACCAAAAAAGAAGUUAAAAAAACAACAACUUUAUGCUCUGCAGCAAACUAUAGAUGCCCACCUUCUCUGAUUUACAUCUCAUUUAAUCGAAUUACAUCAAUUCAAGUGUAUAAAUCAUCUCUCAAAGCCACAAGUUCACAGUAAGUACUUGUGGGCACAUCUGAUUUAAGAGAAGGGACCACCUUUGUUUUUUUUUUUCUUUCAUUUAUUAAAGACAUGCAAAUUUGGGCUGUUUCACAACCACCAGUAACUCCAGUUUCAAGGUACAGUACUUGCUGUGGGAACACGAGGACCCUAAUUUCAGAUAGUUAGCACCCACAUAAAAACCAGGCUUGAAGGUGUGUGCCUGUGACCUCCCGUACUGGGGGCCAGGGAGGCGAAAGCAGGCAGAUAGAUAUCUGGGCUUCGUAAGUAGCCAGUCUAGUGAAAGGGUGAGCUGUAGGUGCAGCAAGAGACUGUGCUAGUGACGAAAGCAAGGCCAGGUGUGGUGGCGCACACCUUUGAGCCUCACACCUGGGAAGCAGAAGCAGGCGGAGCUCUUGAAUUUGAGGCAGCCUGGUCUACAGAGGGAGUUCCAGGACAGCAGAGAAACCCUGGCUCAGAAAGGCCAGGCGCGGCGUGUUACCGCCACAGCACCCGGGGGCAGAGGCAAGAGUGCCGGGACCAAGGCCUUCCUGAGCUACGUAAUGUAGCCUCAGCUACAUAAGGCCCCGUCGCUCAGGGCUUGUGAGGGCGCUUGCCACCACACCUGACAACCUGAGUUUGGUUCCCUGGGCCCACACUCCGCACGGUGUCUGGAUUCCACAUGUAAGCUACACAUAAAUAUACUUAGUGAAAAUAUACAUAUCAAUAUGUUAAUAUGUACAAAUAUAUACUAUUUUAUAAGAAACCAUCUCAAAAAAUACAUAGAUAAAUAAAAUAUUUUAAAAAAGAAAAUGCUGGGAAGUGGUGGCGCACACCUUUAAUUCCAGCGCUCUCAGAAGGCAGGGGCAGACGGAUCUUGUGAGCUCAAGAAAAGAAACGUCUUAACCUUUCUAAGAUUGUGGUUUGUAUGACUAUUAGGGUUUGAGACAGAGUCUUGCUGUAUAGCUCAGGUUGACUCAGAUCCUCCUGCCUCCCCCCACCAGUGAGCGAGCCACAGUUAGGAGUGUAUCAUCAGGUGGCGUUUCUGAGGCGCUGUGUAUACGAACGUUUCAGUGAUGCAGAGAGCUCUCCCACACUGCCUGUCGCUCCGCUCCACCGUGCCAAUGCUACGGUGCUCGUUUCCUGCCCUUUGGUGCACAGACCAAGGUACCUCUAGAUCAGCAGUUAAUACUGAACAAAAUUCCCCUAGGCCUGGCUCGGGGCGUGCACCUCUAGUCCCAGCCAGUCAGGAGGCUAAAGCAGGAAGAUCACUUGAGCCGAGGAGUUUGCGGCGGCCUGAGCAACACAGCUGGACCAGGGUCCUGAACAAACGGCAAACCAGCAAGGUGGCUCAGUGGGUAAAGGCACCGGCCACCAGCCCAAUGGCCUGAGUUCAGUCGCUGGAACCCACACAGGGAGGAGAGUGACUCCUGCAAAUUAUCUCUGACUUCUAUAUUAGUAGUGUAAUAAUAAAGCCGUCUCAUAAUUUUUUACUGAUUCUUUGUGAAUUUCACACCAUGCACCCAACCCCAUUCAUUUCCGGUUCCUCCAUCCUCCCUCUACCCUUGUAACUGCCCCUUAAAAGAAAAUAAAAAUUAAAGAAUCUUUAAA